AUGUCUCGCGCAAGAGCGGUAUCCGAGGAGCCCGCGACUGAUACUGGAAAGCGUGUUGGAGAUACAUCUGUUGACGACCUGUUCAGUGCAAAGCGCCGGCGUCUUAGUGACUAUAAUGGGUUGGAAAAGGUUCAAUUACAGAAAAGUCGGGACUUUUCUCAAGGCAGUGAUAAUGGAGGCGUACGGUUCUCUAUUCACGAAGCCCCAACGAGUGUCAAGCCAGAGGGCGCGGGUUUAGAUGGCUCGAUUGCUCUGGCAGAAGAGCCAGAUCCUUGCGAAAUGGAACACGAUUCUCCCGGCCCGUUUGUUAGCCAGCAGGUAUCAUCUUCCAACUCACCGGCUACACCGAUACCAUCUACAGAUUGCGAGAACGGCGCCGGAGACAAUGAACCAACCACUGAGGAGUCCGAAGGUGCCGAAGAAAGCUCUGGGAAAGAAAAUUAUCCAGAAGACUCAUCUAGUAGAUGUCCCACUCCGCCAUUGGGUGUCGAUGUGGAAAUGGAAAGUGUGGAAGACAGCCAGGAUAUGUGGACUUCUGCGACCAGUUCAGACGGCUCGGAAGACAAAGGGGUUGAGAUCGGAUACAGUGGACAACGCGAUAAUGCAUUCGUUCAAACAUAUCCUGCUGUUUCUCUGCCAGAGCAAACCAUACCCGCUUCGAUUGAAGACGGCUUUGGAAUCUUCAAGGCACAUAUCGAAGACGCCUUCUUGUCGUUUAAAAGAGAGAUUCAAUCGGGAUUAGCUGUUGAGGACAGGAGCAGCAUUGGUAUUAUGACAGAUAUGCUUGCCGAGAAAGAUGGUAUAAUCGGUCUUCUCAAGGCCGAGAUCGACCAGCUGCGAAAUGAGCUGGAAAAGUGCAGGGAGCUUGUACACCAGCAUGGGAAAGAGACAGAAGAAUGGGCUGAUAGGAUGAUGGGUCUAAUUUGCCGUCUGCCAGGAGUCGAGGGUGAUUGA